UCGCUAGUUCAGGUCUUCCAGAUGGGGAAAAAAAAUGAAGCGCAAAUAGGACUCCAUAGGCGGCAUCGAAAUUUUUAUUUCACAAGAAGUAUCUGAUUCUGCAAUCUCGAUAUUUUAAAAAUGUUACUGUUUUUGCUGUACUUUGGAUCAAAUAAAUGCAGGCUUGGUGAGCAGGAGAGACGUUUUUAAAAAACAUUAAACAUUUUACUAUAUAUAUGUGUAUAUAUAUAUAUGUAUGUAGGAGAGGAGAGGCGAUAAUGGUAGCUGUGAAAUAAUGUGUAUGUUAAGGGGCAACAAUUAAAAUUGCAGGUUCAUUCUUUUCUUGCAGCCGCAGGCUGCCAACCAAUUGAAGGCUAUUUGAUUGGUGUGUAUGUGCGUGUGUGUGUUGAGCUCUGAGCUCACCAGGCAUCAGAGCAGGCAAGGGAGGGAGGGAUGAGCACGUGGAUAGGAGGAGAGAAAGAGAAAGGAGGAGGGAGAGAGGGAGGAGGAGGAAGCUAAAGCAGCAGCAGCGUAUUCUGUGAGGCUGCAGCAGACUGGAGAUGAAGCUCUUUUUUCCGCUGGUGCCUACCAGUGAGAGCAGAGGAGCUACCCAGCAACUGAGAAGAGGACACAUGCAACCUGCUAUUACUGGAGCCCCUGGCUUCCUCUCUCCCCGGCAGGCCUUUUGAAGCACACCCACAUAUACAGCGACACAUAUGCUUUCAAUCUCAGAAUCGGGAUCGCUGAACCCUGCAGGCACACACACAUGUAAGUUACACGUUUUAAUUUGCACCCAGGUUGUGCAAAGGAGAGCACCGUAUCAAUCGGAUCAAUUUCGCCAUGCUUGACUGAUGGAGCUACGCUUUUUUCAGCACUCUUCUGCGAGGCUAACAGUGCAGCUUCAGGUUGGGGGAGGAUUCCUUUGGAUUUCCCUCUUUUCCUCAUCCAGCCAUGGUUCAACUACCCAGCCCAGCCCUGUCCUGGCGGCGUUCUAAUUAGAUUUUACAACCAGAGAAGCUGACAGUAUCAGGGAGCGGCACCUUGUCAGUUAUCACUCUUUUUCUCAUCGGCUCACCCCAAUCUAGGGACGUACACUGGUUAGUGGCGGAACAAGGAAGACAGGAUGGCUUGAAAUCAUGUUUACUUGAUAUACGAGACUGGACUAUGUGCUAAACCACAUCUGUAAAGGUGAAGGUGAGGUCUUCACUCAUGUCAGUGAAUGGGAUGCCAGUUCCCGUGGCAGCAGUGGCGAGACGCUUAGUACCUAGCCCCUCCCCUUCUUUCUCUUUAAUGUCUGGAGACUUGUUUUAAUGGAGUUUGCAUGCCUGGGAAAUGAAACACUCAUAGCUACAGGUGUGAAGACUAAGCAUCACCUGACAUGGGCUGGUUAUGCUUGGCUGGUGAUGGGAACAAAAAAACGUUAAGCUCUGAUGGGUUAUGAACUGCCUGGCUUUGCACUUUUGUCCAUUAGCAGCUGAUCUGGGACCUGUUACACAGGUUUACUGUAAGCGUCCCACAGGAUUUCUACGACUACUACCCAACGCAUUACCUACCCUAUGUGCACAGAGUGCAGUGAUCAAUAAUGCAUACUGAAGAUAUUCAGAGAAGCAGGUGUUUCUAGGCAUCUUACUGUACGCACGUGAACGCUUGUUCAGACAUUGUUUUCUUUGCUUUUAGUAGCGUGCAAGCUGAUGAUUAGUGCAUCCUAAUGAUGCAUCCUGAUGCAGAGUUUUUGAGCAUGUGCAUGUGUGCUCACAGGAGUAUGUCUUUGUACGUCUGCAGUGCAGUUUUAUCGUGGUUCUCACCUUGAAAAAUAUCUACAGUGUAGCAAGUCUUCGAGUACCAUGACAAAUGGCCUGCAUUUAACACAUAGCUUGUGAAAUGGGCUAAAAGGCACUAGUUUUUCUUCAGUCAGUGCUGCAUCAUCUCUGCAUCAUGAGAGAGGGAAAAAACAUCAAAUGCUUUGCCGUAGGAUUUUAAUAUUUUAUAAAGGACAGUAACCUAUAUUCAGCAUCAAGUCCAGGAGGCUUACUAGGACCCUAAGUGAUAUUUGGUUUGGGUUAACUGCAACAUUGCCUGAACGACAGACCAAGCAACAGGAGGUAUGACUGCUGUCCACACCAAGUUGAGACAUGAUGUCCUGGAAGAACCUCACCCUGUACCAAUCCCUGUUGUCAUGGUUCAUACUUUUUGUCAUGAUUUUUACUCCAGAUGAGUCAUUAACUUAACAAUUUAAUUUACCUUACCAGCCUCAGGCUGACUGUUUCGAUCCCAUUGUGGACAUCUCCUUUUUCUUGCCUUCAAUUUUGGCUCUCUUUUAUUGUUACUCUGGCUCUAUGAGAUAUGGGGAGCUCCCUUGGUUGUGUGAAACAACCCAGAGAUGCCGGACCAGGUGGUGCUGCACCACUAUCACCCAAAAGAAAACUUCGCUUCAGGCGAAAACGAAAGGCCAAACAGAAGUUAAAAGGUGCCAAAGGGGAGGACAAGAGAAGCCGCGUCCUUGAAGAAAAGGAAAGUGGAAGCGUUGAUGUUACUGAGGAGUCUACAACAAGAGCUCUUGAUUCAACUAAACUGGCAUCUGGACAAAUUACUGAAACUGAAACUCCCACCAAUGUUGUUCUUGUUCCUGGUAUGGCCCCAAUAUUUGGAAGCACAGGGACAUUGCGGGGCAGCAAGAUGGCUAUUCUUUCUCCAGAUCCCAGUCCAGCGUGGCUGGGGGCGCUUCGCCAGUUUGAGGUAGAAGGGCUCAGCGAAGAAUCACAUGCUGAUUUAGAACAAGGCAACACGACACCUGGAGGAGGAAGAGUCUGUAAGGUUCGAGAGCGAGUUCAGGGGGUAUUAGAGAGACCUUGUCUUUUACGCUCCAAACGUGGAGAUCCAGAAGUGGAGAGGGAAGGAGGGGACGUGCAUGGACAGAGUGAACUGAUGUUCGGGGAGCCCUCGGAAAACGAGAAGAAGGGAGUUGUGCACAUUCGUGAGUUUGGAGGGCAACUUUGUGUGGUCCGAACUGUCUAUCCAAAGGACUUUGGGUCGCCCGUCUGGCGUGACAAAGAGCUUGAGGUCCAUUCUGGACCUCCAGCUGCAUCUCCUGUUACUGGAGGCAUUAUGAAAAUACAAGUGCCCACAACUCAAGGGCGACCACCCGGGGAGAACGACUCUGGCAAACCAGCAACAGCUGCACCUCGGGAAAAAAAAGGAAGAGAGGUCCUAUUGGAGAACUCUGCUCAGGAAGGCUUUGGCCCUCCUCCACAAGAUCUUCAGUCUUCAGGUUAUGCUAGUGAUGUGCCUCUCACCUCGCCUGAGACGGGAGGCGCUGUUCAGACUGACUGGGGGAGCUCCUCUGAAGUGCUUGAUUCUUCUGUGCUUGAGAGUCCCAUCUCCCCUCAAGAGAUACCGACUCAGACUUCUACCAAGCAUGUCGUCAAACCCAGAUUUAUCUCUGCUGUCAUGGACGAUUCAUCUCAAGACUGAUUUGAUUCAAGUGGUCUUGUCUGGAAAGCACAUUUGACGGUGAUACCAAAAGAAGAGGUAAUGUUUGGGUGCAUUUUUAUGGCUCAGAGCCUGGUUGAUUGGACUAGCUUUAGAAAUCUGUCUGACCUCACCUUCUAAUCAUCUUUGGAGUAAGAGGCUCAGGCUAGGAGAGUUACUGUUCUGUUUCUGUAUGUCACCAAAUUUGCUCAAGGUAAUCUUGACCUGCAUUGACUUUGUGAAGAUCUAUGAUUUAUGUCUGUCUAUACUCUCAGAACGGUCUGCAUCCAUGCCAGGAUUUAAAGUGCUCUAUGCUAGCUAGGCAAGAAAAGAAGCAGGCAGGGAUGUGAAGAGCAGCAUAUGAGAGGGAUGACGAAGGAAUACAGAUUAGAGCCUGGCACAGACAGAUACUGCGGAUACUGACUUCCUUUGUCAAGAGAAAGAGGGAGUGAAUAUAGAGGGAAAAAGUGAAAGGUUCAUGGCC